AUGGCUAAUCCAAAUCAUGACUCAAUGGCUUCAAAUAAAGCUCAGAAAAAUAUUAGUUCUCCCUUCGAUUACUUCAAAGAUCUAAACAAAGACAGAGAAGUUUGGAAGUUUGGCAUUCGUAUUGUUGAUAUGUGGUAUGUUCUCGGUAAAUAUGGUCAACUGCAUGUUGAAAUGGUGUUUGUUGAUGUUAAGGGUGAUAGAAUUCAUGUUGUUGUUCCAAAAGAUUAUGUAGCUGGGUUCAAAGACAUGUUGAAAGAACACACAACAUAUAUUAUGCACAAUUGUUCUGUUGUUGAUAAUGAUGAUCAAUUUAAGGUUUGUGAUCAUCGUUAUAAGUUGAUGUUUAAUAGUGGGACUACUCUAACAGAGGAGAAGUUGGAUCAAAUUCCAUCGCAUGUUUAUAACUUUAAGUCUUUUGGUGAUAUUCUUAGUGGGAAAUGUCAAAGUAAUUUGUUAGUAGAUGUAAUUGGUGUUGUGCAUGAAGUCACUUUCACACAAAGAGAGGGUGUUGGAAAGAAAGUUCAAGCUUCAUUUAAUAUGAAAGAUCUUAGUGGCAAUAUUAUUAAUUGUACUCUUUGGGAAGACUAUGGAAGGAAAUUUAUGUCUUAUAGUGCCAACACAUCUGAAAAUGCAGCAAUUAUUAUUAUUUUAACACAUGCACGGAUCAAACAUGCACAUGGUAAUUUUUUAACAUUCAUGUAG